AUUAUAUUUAGAAAAACUGGGAACACUUCUUGCGUUAUAACGACGGGAAUGACGCAGUUUUAAACAUUUUAGAAUUUAGAUGACCCUUUUGCAGUAAUGACACAAAAUAAAAGUCCGAUUAUCCUUCAAUAAGUAUGCAUUUAUUUGACUGGUUCAAUAUUUGAAUGGCAUCAUUUUCUUUCCAAAAUGCAGAUUGCAAUUAUGAUCACGUCUCUUGCGUUGUCAUUUUUUAGCUAUACUCAAGGUGUCACUAAAGACCAGCAACGCGUUUAACCCCGAAUAUGUUUUGCACACGAUCCACCAUGACGACUGGGAGGUAUUUCGUCUUUUUUCUCUGAAGCUGGAGCGAAAUCCAAGGAAUACUGAAAUCAUAAUCAAAAACACUUCACGACUGAAACCGUAUCUGCAUUAUUUUAGUGUCUGAUGAUGGCGCGUGGACUACGUUUCCCCGGGAUCUGUGGACUCCUCUUUGUCCUUUUUGUUGAACACUGCACACAGGGAGAACUGACAUAUUCCGUUCGAGAGGAGCUGAAGCGCGGGUCUGUCAUCGCAAAUGUUGCCAGGGAUUUGGCCUGGAAUCGCGGGGACGAUGCUCGUAAAGUCCGCGUAGAAAUGGAACGAAGCGAGAAGGAGUAUAUCAGAGUCGACCCGAGGACCAGAGACUUAUUGGUCGCCGGAAGAAUAGACAGAGAGGAGCACUGUGGACAAAAACCGACCUGUGUUCUGAAAUUUGACCUGCUUUUAGAACAUCCCCUGGAACUGCAUAGGCUGUCCCUUCAGGUUGAGGAUAUAAACGAUAAUUCUCCAGUGUUUCAAAAAGAUACAGUGAAGCUGGAGAUCAGCGAGUCUGCUGACAAAGGAGCCAGGUAUCGCAUUAAUGCAGCGCACGACGCAGAUAUAGGCCAGAACGCCGUUCAAAGCUACACCCUAGAACAAAACCCCCACUUUGUGUUUAGUAUUCAAACAACCAGUGCUGGCAGUAAAUAUGGAGAGCUGGUCUUAGACAAAGAAUUAGAUCGUGAAGAGCAGCAAGAAUUCAAAUUAUUGCUGACAGCUGUAGAUGGUGGAUCUCCGCAGAGAUCAGGAACUGUAAUCAUACACGUUACUGUGCUCGACGCUAAUGAUAACGCUCCAGUGUUUACUGAGGCUGUGUACACGGCCAGUUUUCCGGAAAAUGCUCCUUUGAAUACCGCAGUUAUCAGAGUAAGCGCAAAAGACGCAGAUGAAGGUAUUAACGGUGAGGUGACGUAUGAGUUUGGCCGACUGUCUGAUAAAUCAAAGAAGUUAUUUUCACUUAAUGAAAAGACCGGAGAAAUAAUUGUUGCAGGUGAAUUAGAUUAUGAAGAGGGAUCGAAGUAUGAACUGAUGGUUGAAGCCAAAGAUGGUUAUGGCCUGUCUUCAGAAGCUAAAGUGAUUAUUGACAUCACUGAUGUGAAUGACAACGUCCCAUUAAUAUAUAUAAAAUCCUUGUCCAACCCCAUACUAGAAAAUGCGUCUCCUGGUACAGAGGUGGGCAUCAUUAAUGUACAGGACAGAGACUCUGACAAUAACCGACAGGUUCGCUGCUCCAUAGAGCAAAAUGUUCCUUUUAAGAUGAUUCCUUCUAUUAAAAACUAUUAUUCUCUGGUGACUACAGGAGAACUGGACCGUGAAUUAGUAUCUGAUUACAACAUUACAAUCAUUGCCACUGACGAGGGCUCUCCACCUCUGUCCUCCUCUAAAACUAUUCAAUUGUCUGUAGCUGACAUCAAUGACAACCCUCCUGUGUUUGAGGAACAGUCCUACAGCGCAUAUGUUAGUGAAAAUAACAAACCUGGCUCCUCUUUAUGUACUGUUUCUGCUCGAGAUCCUGACUGGAGACAAAACGGUACAGUGAUUUAUUCUCUGUUACAUGGUGAGGUGAACGGUGCCUCGAUGUCCUCCUAUCUAUCUGUUAAUGGAGACACAGGAGUGAUCCACGCUGUGAGGUCAUUUGACUAUGAACAGUUCAGGAGUUUCAAAGUCCAAGUGAUGGCCAGAGACAAUGGUUCUCCUCCUCUCAGCAGCAACGUGACUGUCAGUGUGUUCAUAUCUGAUGUGAAUGACAACUCUCCUCAGAUACUGUAUCCAGCACCAGAGGGCAGCUCCUUCAUGACUGAGCUGGUCCCUAAAGCUGCACAUGGAGGGUCUCUGGUGUCCAAAGUGAUAGCAGUGGACGCAGACUCUGGACAGAACGCCUGGCUGUCCUAUCAUAUAGUCAAAGCCACAGAUCCUGGACUUUUCACUAUUGAUCUGCACAGUGGAGAAAUCAGGACCCAGCGGGACAUUUCAGAAUCUGACAGCAUGAAACAGAACCUGAUUGUUGCAGUGAAAGAUAAUGGACAGCCCUCUCUGUCUGCCACCUGUUCAAUGUAUUUACUCAUUUCUGAUAACUUGGCUGAAGUGCCAGAACUGAAAGACAUUUCUUAUGAUGAGAAGAACUCCAAACUGACCUCUUAUCUGAUCAUUGCCCUGGUUUCUGUGUCCACCUUCUUUCUGACCUUCAUCAUCAUCAUCCUGGGUGUGAGGUUUUGUCGCAGAAGAAAGCCCAGACUGUUGUUUGAUGGAGCAGUAGCGAUUCCAGGAGCUUAUCUCCCUCCAAAUUACUCAGAUGUUGACGGAACAGGAACUUUACGCAGCACCUACAAUUAUGAUGCCUACCUGACAACAGGAUCCAGAACCAGUGACUUUAAUUUUGUGUCAUCUUACAAUGACAACACGCUGCCUGCUGACCAGACCUUGAAGAAAAGUCCAUCAGAGUUUGCUGAUGUGUUUGGCAGCUGUGACAUUUCUCCUGAGGUAGGCACCUGUCUGACAUAG